CAUUUGAGUUGGAAGUGUAGAAAACUGUAAAAACACAAAAAACGUAAACAAAAACAAAAAAGUUUAUUGAUUAAAGACCACAUAACAUGUUAUAAUAAAUAAAGCGAUAACAGUAAUAAAUUAAUCGUUUGGAUAAAACUUAUAGUUGGCACUCCUUUUGGAAAGCGGAAAACCACCGAUUUGAAUAAAAAAUGCCCACGAUUUCUACUGGGUUAUAAAACACUAUUUUUUGCUAAUAUGAAUAAAUAGAUUUUAGGAUAUCCCAGGUAUACCUGACUUUUACAAUAAUUUGCUGUGCCCAAUCGAAGAAAAUUUUGAAAGAAACGAGGAGCUUCCUUGCCUCUUACAAUAUUCUGAAAGAAAUAUAUAUAUCUUUUAAAUUAAUUUUUAAACGAGUGGACAUGAAGAUGCAGCUGAUCUCCACUAUCACUGAAUAAUUGGAUUUAUUUCGACAUCCGUAUUAUCCUCAUUCACCCUAAAAAUGUGUUUGACAGCAUUUGUUUUAAUAUUCCUUCUCCAUGGUGGUUUAGCAGUCGAUUUCAUGGUAACAAACUACACCGUCGACAUGGAAGCCGGUUAUUUAUGCCCAGAAAACGACCAACUCGAAAUACCCAUGAAACUCUUCCGUAUCGAUCGCAUUAAUCGCACCCAUCGUGCCAUGAGCAUGGAAUUCUCAUACGCUCAUCCUGUGGACGAGACCGCUGAAGGUGUCCACUUAGUCGAGCGCUGGAUCGCCGGUGGCUGGAAGAGAUUUCCCAUGUGGUCAUGGCAAAAAGACCCAUGCAAAUUCCAGUUACAACACGAGAAAAAUGGACAUAUCAGAUUUGGUAAAGCCAUGGGUUUAAAACACCCAGAUCGGUGUCCCAUACCGGCCGGAAAUUACUCAGUGAUGAGGUUUCCGUUUCAGUUGAAAUACGAUUAUCCGUUUUGGCCCGGCAGGAUUAGGACUAUUGUCAUGUCGAGAAGGAUUGCGACGAAACAACUGAUUUUUUGUGUAAUGACCAUUUUGAAUGUUGUUGAAAAGGUUUAAUUGG